GCAGUCUCAAAAGAUUCAGAAGGUAUAUAUACUGGACUGACCUACCCAGAUCAUGAUAUGUACAGCACAAUAGGCCAGAUUUCUCACAAGAGUCUAAGAGCUCAGGACACAGUAAAGCCAGUGUUCUCAGAAAAAGCUAGAAAGGGGUCACAUCCAUACAGAGUGGUUGCAGUGUCUUUGGGGUUUCUUUGUGCUCUCUUUCUGGCUGCCGUCAUAGGCCUCUGCGUUCACUAUGUCAGUGUCAGUGAGAACGGCUCUCUAUCUCAGAACUGUUCAGUGAUGGACUUUCAGCAGCUCACAGCCAAUUACAGCACCCUGACUAAGGUCAAGGACGACUUACAGAGGGACUACAAUUUAAUGCUACAAAAAUACCCCUUUCUGGAUCAAUACUGUACCUUUGUUUCGCAAAAGAGCAUGUGUAGACCCUGUCCACAGAGAUGGAAGCAGUUUGCCUCCAAGUGUUACUACUUCUCUACUGAGACACACAACUGGAUGGACAGUCGCAGCAGCUGCUUAAAACAGGGAGCUGACCUAGUGAUUAUAGAAAGUGAGGAGGAACAGGAGUUCAUCAACAAACACACAGGAGAGGGUUUAUACUGGAUUGGACUGAAUGACUCAGAAACAGAGGGGACCUGGCUGUGGGUGGAUGGAUCCCCUCUGCAGAAAGGAUUCUGGCAGAGUGGGGAACCAAAUAAUAGUUACAGGCCUGACAGGAGUGACCCUGCUGACUGCGUGGUUAAUGUGCGCCAUGAAAAAGUGUGGGCCGACACCAGCUGCCAUCUUUUCUGGAUGUGGAUCUGUGAGACUGAGGCUCUGCUUUUGACGCACGCUGAUAUGCACGGAUUAACAUCAGAUUAGCCCUGUGACUGCUCUCAUGUAGCAAAAACAUUCGGACACUUUCUCAGUGAAUUUUGUAUCUUUAGUAUUCACCUGACACAAAAUCAUCAUUACAG